CGCGAUACCAAUUCCAUUAUUCCAAAGUCCUUAAUUAUCGUUUCCCCAUACCCCGCGUUUGUCACGUCAAUGGGUCUGGGGUAAACGUUUUGGCGACAACAAUGAGUCACAAAGAGCCGAUAUCAACGUAUAAAUUGCGCAGAAGAUCACAUCAGUUGCGGGCAUCGGAGAACAUAGUUCAUUUCAAUUCAAAAUGUCUUCUGAACCCAUCACAUUCGCCAUCAUUGGCGUCGGCCUAAUUGGCCCUCGUCACGCCCAGACUGUGAUAAAAAACAACCAAGCAAAGCUGGUAGCUGUUGUCGACCUCAUGCCAAAUGGCGAACAACUGGCUCAAGAGCUUGGGGCUGCCUACUUCAAGUCUGUGGCCGAUAUGUUGCAAUCGUCAAAUAAGCCUCAAGCAGCCAUUAUCUGCACCCCCAACCACACUCACGUCCCUCUGGCUCGCGAGUUAUCCUCAGCGGGUAUUCAUAUCCUCAUUGAAAAGCCUUUCUGUACAGAUAUUCAGAGUGGAAAGGAUUUGGUGGACCAUCUUAAUAAAUUAGAUGUCAAGGCUUUGGUCGCGCAUCAUCGACGAUUUAACCCCUAUAUGAUAACUGCAAAAGAAACUGUUGGUUCUGGUUCUCUUGGAAAAGUUAUUGCAGUGAAUGGAAUUUGGGCGACUUAUAAACCAAUGGAUUAUUUUGGUCCUCCUCGAGAAUGGCGAAGAGAGAAUACGGGCGGCGUUGUUCUCAUCAAUCUUGUCCAUGAGAUCGAUCUGUUGCACUAUCUCUUUGGCCCCAUUACACGGGUUCAUGCAGAGAAGACGAUAUCACAACGUGGCUUUGAGGCUGAAGAGGGUGCAGUUCUGACACUUCGUUUCAAGUCUGGUGCCGUCGGAAGCUUCCUGUUCUCAGACAAUGUUCCGUCACCACAUAACUUUGAGUCCGGCACGGGAGAGAACCCGUUGAUCCCUAAAACUGGGAAAGACUUUUACCGUAUCUUUGGCACCGACGCAUCAUUGAGUGUGCCAGAUAUGACUCUGUCUUCCUAUGCUGAAGGUCAAAAGUCAUGGCAUCAGGAGUUAGUUCAGAAGAACGUCCCUGUCCCCGAUGGCGUGCCUUUCGAGCUACAGUUAGAUCACUUCAUCAAGGUGAUUCGUGGUGAGGCGAGCCCGAGUUGCACACCAAGAGAUGGCCUAGCUGCACUUGUUGUCUGCCAGGCUGUGAAAGAGGCAUUAAAGGAGAACAAAACAGUGGACAUCGACGCUUUUGAUUUUGAACUCUAAUUGAGCGGUGUUUUGGACUCUUCAAGAUUUCUGAAAACUUAAAGAUGGAUUAUAGGGUAUAUUAUAAUAGUAAUAGUAUACAGAGGUUUCCUAGGUUAUACUUUGAAAUAUGAUAAUAGGUAAAAACUAUUUGAUUCUCUGGACAACCAUUCGUCCC